CCAAUGGCCGCGGAUGAGGAUGUCAUGAUCACCGCCAUAAUUGCCCCUUCAGAGAACAUGCGGGAAGGAUCAAGUAGCUUUGAUAAUGCUGGACAAGUUGUACGAGCAGAAAAUAGGGCCACGGUGUUUAACGGAAGAGAGCCGCAGCCAUCCUCCCCUAUCCCACUUGUUGGCACGGCUAACGGUGGGCCACAACCUUCGGCGGAGAUUGAUUCCCUUCCUCAACUCGGUCCUCCAACAACACCGCACCCAGAUGAACUUGCCACUGCCGCACUUAUGGCUAUGGGCCCAUAUACCACCUUCCAACAGCUUUCCUUUGCGCCAAACUUCCCGCUUGCUACACUUGCUGAAGAAUGCAUAAUUCCUCCUUCCUAUAGGGCCGUCAAAGAAUACAAAAAGAUCUAUGAGCCCGAAGAAAGAGACACCACUCAAGGCACGGAAACUUCGGAGACGCCUGAAGAUUUCAACGCUCAUUUACACGACGUCCAAUGGUUCUACAAGGAUCCAAAGGGUGUCGUCAGAGGACCUUGGCCUUCUUCCUUGAUGCAAUCUUGGUUUAACGACGGUUUCCUACCUCUAGAUCUACCCGUCAGGCGUGAAAAUGAGGACGAAUAUAUCUCGCUACAAACGUUGCAAAGUCAAAGCAUUGACUCCACCUCUCCUUUCCGACCCCCACCGCCUGGCCUUGCUUUACCUAUAACAAUCAGGGGACCACUGAGGCCAGACGGUGUCAAUCCAUUACUGGAUCCUGUAUCAUUAUUAACGCAAGAAAAACGAUUUGGCCCACCAGCAUUAUUUUAUUGUUCACGGGGCGGCCACAGUACAAGUAUCGUGGACGGUCGUGGACGAUCCGUUCUCAAAGGGCGGUUACAUUGGACAUCUGACGAUACCCUUCAAGCAAAAUUUGCCCUCAACAAAUUGGGAGAUGUUAAAAGGUUAGAGGCGUUUGAAGUUAAGGAUGGCAAGAUCGUGAUCGUGGCGUUCCGCCAAGGGGGGAUGGAGGCAAUGGAUAUAGGAGACGCAAUCAUGGCACCUGGUGAUGGCUGUCGCACAGUCUAUCCAUAUUUCGACCCUCCAGCGGGCUCGUUUAACCGCAGAAGCCCCUUUGUCUGGCGAACGGGUGAACCCAUCGAAAACGAAAAACCUCGUAUCAUCCCUGGAUCAGCCUCUUUCUCAAGCUCACCUACCACUGGAGUCGAAUACAGCCAUGCCUAUAAACGCCGAAGCACUAACCCGGCAGGCCUGCUGUCAAGUAAUAAGGGGAACACAAAGUCUGGAUUGCUGAGUGAUGGUGAGGAUGAAAGGGAAGGAAGCUCUGGCAUUCAAGAAGAUCUUUUGGUACUCGGCCGGUCUCAGGAUAAGGUAUAUCUAUGUGAUCGUCGGUACGGUAAUUUCCGUCUCAUGACAUUGGAACCCAAAUCUAUCUAA